GUGUGACCGAAGAAUGAAGGAAGAGUUCGAUAUCGAGUAACGUCAAAGAAAAGGGAGCAACAGAAGACCAGGACGAGGAGCUGAGCGAUAAUUCAUUCACAUCCCGGUUAAUGGUAUAGCCUCGAGAAAUUACAAGCCCAAUUACACCGUCACGACAGACGAAGAAGCGAUUUCAAGGCAAUCGCGUGCCACAUGUGUCGAAAGAAAAACACAAGAUUCUCCGAUAAGGCGUUGAAAAGAUCGGAAAAAGUGCGAUCGCGGUGACGAUAUCGGCUUCGGUUAGGUCCAAGGUAGAAAUUGGACGGAAAAACAGCACCAGCAGCAGGAACGAGACGGGGUCAUGAACAGCAACUUGAACAACAGUAACGAACACAGCUACUUUUGCCUCGUGGCGAUUUACGCGAUACACGUGGUCGUGCUCCACCUGUAUUCGCCCACCGAUCUGCCCAUGGACAAACACAGCCCUCCGGCUCGGCUCCAACCCAUGGCAAGGUGGAGGGCGCGAACCACCCUCGGCGAGAGUCGGCGGAACUUCACUGGAUCCGUUAUCCACGAAUCGGAACUUCCGCUCGCCGAUCAUAAUUCGGAUGCUAACGAGACUUUUCAGGGUCGAAUUCCAACCCAUCGGGUCAUCGACGGGGUUCGGGCCACCGUUGGACAAUUUCCACAUCAGGUCUCUCUCAGGCGGUCGAAAACUGGAGUCCACUUUUGCGGUGGCAGCAUCAUCGAUGAAGAAUGGAUCGUCACUGCCGCCCACUGUCUGUACAGCAACAGGAAACUCAUAGCGGCUUCCACCAUCAAGGUUUUCGCCGGUGACCUGUUGCUCAACGAGCCGUCUUCCACAUCCCAGACGAGAACUGUCAGGAAAAUUGUAGUGCACCAGGAUUUCGAUGUCAAUACGCUCAGGAACGACAUUGCGCUGCUAAAGCUCCGGUCUAAGCUGACCCUGGACGAUGAAGCUGUUGCUGCAAAGGCGCUUAGGAAUGAAACCGUCGCUGAUGGAACACCCUGCCAAGUUUCUGGAUGGGGCGUUGCUAAAUACAAAAAUGCCGCACUCAGUAACGAGCUACUCUACGUAGACAUACCCGUCGUCGAUAGAACACUGUGCAGAGAACUGAUGGUCAACUUUUCCGACAUUCCUCAAGUGAUGAUCUGCGCCGGAUACAUCGAAGGCGGGUUUGACAGCUGUCAGGGUGACUCGGGUGGCGGAAUGAUAUGCGACGACAUGUUGACGGGGGUCGUGUCAUGGGGAAAGGAGUGUGGACUCGCCAAUUUCCCGGGAAUCUACACGAACGUCUACGUCUUCAGCGACUGGAUCGUUGAGACCAUAGUGACCAGCACCUCCUCUCCAACCUCGGCUAACAAUAAGGGCUGGAGUCCAGCAGCUUGGGGUGUCUUUCUCGGGUGCCUGGUGUUCCUCUUUACCUACACGGACCGUGAGAGAGUCGAGAGUGAACCGCCGUCCUAGGAACGGAUAGGACAACGGGCGAUCCAUGGAACAGUCACGGCAAGAACGUUGAUUUACUUGUCCGACGAGAGCCGUUCACAACUUGACUUGAAUGUACAAUUUACUUUAUGUAAGAUGAUAUACUUGUAAGGCAUCGUUCAAGAAUCUGCAAGUACAAUCAGCCUGCAUUACCGACAGCGCAAAGAACGUUCAAUUGUCUAUAAAUAGCUGCCAACGGUUUUGGGCAGUCAAUCGUUCGAGCACAUUUUGGGAUCAAUGAAAUUGACCGUAUGCCAUACAGUCUGCGGAUAUUCCAACCGCGCAACGUGCACUUAACCAAAUUUACUUGUAUAUACCUAAGCCAAAAGAUUCGAAUU